AUGAGAUGCUGUUUUCAUUCAUCAAUUUUGCCGUGAUCUUGGUCAGCUUGGCUUUAGUGAAUCCCGCAGUAACUGAAUACAAGGAAAAUUUAUGCUUGAAUGGAUCACGUGACGAAACGGGACAGUGCAUUUGCAACGAGGGCUUCGCCGAGUUUCAAGGCAAUUGCUUUCUUUCGAGAACUCCAACGGUAAGCGAGUCACAUGUUCGGCCAAGAUCGAACAAUUUUUGCCCUCCCGGUUAUAGUAUAUUGAACGGUCGCUGUCUGCCGACGGCAUGCGAGGGAACCUUAUGUGGAAGUUCUUGUCCACCAGGAUACGAAUUGAAAUCCGGUUUUUGUGAGAUUCCGAAUCCAAACUGCCCUCCUGGGACUAGUUUUCAAAAUGGUUUUUGCUACUUCCAACCAGUGACACCGAAAACGGAAACCGUGAAGCCAAUUGAAAAAAUCGAGGUAGUACCACCGUUGCGAAUCGAUAUCCCCGUACCGGAGUAUAUUGAUCCACUAGAUCCAAACGAGGUGGACCAAGGAGGAGACAAUGACAGCACAGGAAUAGAACCCGAUCGUAAGCCAGUGAAUUGCACACUUCCGGUAGAUAAUACAGUAAACAACGUUAAUCGUAUUAACUCACCAACUAACACCAGUACAUAUAAUGAAAACAACGUAUACAUUCACAUAACGCGGACCAAGUCGAACGGUGCGGUCAAGGCCGUGGUGAUAAGAAAUAAUGAAACUACAGUUUACGAGGAAAAACCUCCAUCGAAGCUACCGGAGGAGGAGCUUAACGAUGACGACAGUGAACUGUCCACAGAGGAACCGCUGGACACGACCGAUCGCUGUUGCAUCGUGGUGUCACCGAGGAUUUGUCGCAAGCAGGAGCCUGAUGAGUGGGUUUGCUUUCAUCGGAAACACUAUCGUUGCGGAAGCUUUUGUACGGCAGAAAUCGUUUAUUUAAGACCAAGGAGACCAUUUAUGAAAAAUUCCGAACUGCUGAUGCCACCCGUAAUGGGCUAUUCGCCACUGAUGCGAUACGGUGUGUGCAGAUGGGGUAAAUGCCCCCGUAUCGAUUGUUCCGGCUGUUUGCAGGGGAGUUAUCGUUGUCAUACUAGUUGCUAUACGUACGAUUGCGCUCAGCAAGGCGGUUGUCAUUUUGUGAAUCAAGAGGAAUUUUGCAACGAAGACAAAAAUGAUGAAAUUUGUACUCCUGUUAAUUAGGAAGUAAGUGGAGAGAAGCCGUUGUGGACCAGGCGUGAUUUGCUCUUUUUGUUUCAUUUUUGCUCUUUUGACUACAGCGCCGCAGUCAUGCAGAAUACGAAUGAGAGGUGUAUAGGACAAUUGUAGAGUUAAAUAUUAACUAUAAUAUUGCUGGAGAAAGUAUAAUUUUAUCUUUUGUAUUUAUGAUGCUAUUCCGAUGGUAGACUAAAAAGCAUUCUUCCUGCUGCCAACGGCAUUGCAGCUUCAACAAUAUUGUAGAUCAUAGUUAACUCUAAAAUUGUCCUAUACACCUCUCUUCGUAUUCUGUUCUCUGAGUGAGGCGUUACAGUCAAAAGAAUAAAAACAAAGUUAAAAUAGCAAAUCAAGCCUGUUGUGAACAGUAGUAAAUUAUUAACUGAUACCAUCGAUGGCGUGCAGUUGACUUAACCGACCAAUUGAUCAAGUCUACAAGAAAUCUAAAUUGCUUGCACCAAAGAAUAUGAAAUAUUUCUAACAUAGAAUUUAAUUUAGAACUUUAUUGUAUUGUUAAUAUAAUACUCCUUCACAAAUUAGUUGCAAGAAAGAGGAUGUAUGUCAAACUAAUCGAAAACAUAUGAAACCGCAUAAAUAUUUCUUUUCCAAAAACGAUAGCACGAGAAAGUUUUUGCCGCAAAUUAUAAUUAAUUUUAUGCCUGCUAACGAUCAUUACUUAUCGUUACUGUUCCCGUAUAGAAUCAUACUAUUUGUGACUAGUAGAAUCCAUCCAUGAGCCAAUCAAAAUAAAGGACAUGAAAGUCUUCAAUUCAGCUAUUGCAAUAAAAUUC